CCGCUUUCUUGCAAUUGCAGUCCUUGGGGGUCCUUGGGGGUCCUCGGGGAGACUUUUAACGAGAACCUGCCCUGCAUUGCAUGCAUUGGCCGCUGCUGUGUUGUGCUCGUACAUAAAAGUCAAUCCUUUCCCAACGCCUUUUCACUGGUCUUUCUCGGUCUUGAUAGAUGGACAUGACCCCAUUCUGCCAGGUCCUAACUUCAUUGACUACUUGUACACAAUCAAACUAACGACAAAACAAGACAAACCUCCCUUGAGAGAAAGAUACCUACCUGCCUACGGAGGAAUACCUAGGUCGAGAAUUGAGGAUAGUCAGAGAAAGAGAGAAGAUACUCCGUAGAGAGAGAGCGAGGAAAAAAACUUUCUUCCAAUCUUCUCUUCUUUCUCACUCUACUCGACUCUAUUUCUCCCUCUCCCUUCAUCCACUCUACCACUGGUAGCACGCUACUAUCAUUGCUAUUACUGCUGUUGCUACUGCUACUGCCGCCACCAUGCCCAGCUUUGGAAGGAGUCGGUCGAGCUAUGAUACCACCGCAAAGGAACAGAAACAAAUCCUUGCGGACAUCAACGCCGGCUCUCAAAAAUUUGGGAGGAAGCUCUUGCCUAAACCGCCUACUCAACCACGAGGAAAGAGCUCGGACACUAUCACGCCUGUGACUGUCCUCAGCCCAGAUCCACAACAAGAGGAGCGUAGAGGCCGCAAAUCCACCUCUUCAAAUAGACCUAAGCUUCCCAAACGCACAAGCAGUAUGCGAAGAGCGUACAACUAUUUCUUCGGCGCCGCACAGGCACCACCUUCGCCCACGACACCUCCACAAUCUCAUCCCGCCACUGCUGAUGACGAGGCCUCGCAACCCACUGCGAAGCCUGACGAGCAGACCCAAAGGGAUGUUCCAGAUACACCGCCUGAGACGCCAGCAGCAGAUAGGCAUCCAAGUAUCCAGCGAGAGCUAGAGCCCGAAUUGCCAUCUCCGCAAGCUAGCGAUUCCCCCCAGGUGAAGAUCGAGAAGCUCCAAGCUAAGCUAGCCAAGAUCGAAAGCGACCUACACGAAGCCAACAGGGUCGUGCAGCAACAAGAUGGCACCAUCACCGCCAUUAACGAGGAGUACGCAGAGAAGGAACGGGAGUUCGAAGAGCGCCAGGCUGCUCUGCAGCAAGACAAGAAAGACCUUGAGGAGCACAUGGUCAGCGUGGUUGUGCAACAAGUGCACGAGGCUAAGGCGAAAGAGCGAGUCACCAUAAAAGACGAGUGUGAGCGAGUGUUCAACGACAAGAUGGAGCAAGCAACGCGUGGCUAUGAAGCUCGGAUUGCCGACCUGCAGAACGAGAUCACCCAGUUGAACACCACUAUCAAAGAGCUCAAGGCCGAACUCGCUCAACAAAAUCAAAGCAACUCAGCACCUGCGCCUAGUGCAGACUUGGAAGCCAAGGACGCCGAAAUUGUGACCCUUACCUCGGAGAAGAAAGCCAAGGAAGAUGAGCUGGCAGCUGCCACGAGCGAACUUGAGUCUCUGAAGGCCUCUUAUGAAUCCAACAAGGCGUCCACUGAGCAGGCGCUCGCCAGCCUUCAGGAGGAGCUUGAGACUGUUAAGACCCUUCACGUGACCGACAAGUCUUCUGCAGAGGUGGCCCUCAGCAAAGCACAGGACGAGCUCGAAGCUCUCAAGGCCACUGUAACCGAAAUGCAGGACCAGAAGGGCUCCUCUGUUCCUCAGGCUGAUUUAGACUCCAAGGUGGCCGAGAUCACUGCCCUCACCUCGGCAAAGGAGGCUGUCGAUGAUGCUCUGGCUAAAGCUCAGCAAGAAGUGGAGGCUUUGAAGACAACCCAUGCGUCUGACAAGGCUUCCACCGACGAAGCCCUGGCCAAGGCAAAGGCAGAAAUUGAGGCUCUCACGACGACCAUUACCAGCCUGGAGUCUGGGAAGACAAACACGGACGAGGCCCUGAGCAAGGGACAGGAGGAGCUCGAUUCACUCAAGGCUGCAGUAGCCAAACUCGAGGCGGAGAAGGCCACCACUAUCCCCCGUGCGGACCUGGAAGCCAAGAUCAGCGAGGCAGAAGCCCUAGCUACGGCCAAGGGGGAGCUUGACGUUCUUGUUGCCAGCUUGCAGAAGGAGGUGGAGGAAGCGAAGGCAAGCCAUGUCGAAGCCACCACAGGCCUGACCGCGAAAACGGCGGAGCUCCAGCAAUUGACCGAGACACACAACGCCCAAACAAUCGAGGUUGAAGGCUUCAAGAAGGAGAUCGCAUCCUUGCAGGACCUAGUAAAGUCGGCAGACUCUGCGAAGGGAGAUGCUCAAGGUCUUGCUACCAAGAUUACCGAGCUAGAGGCCGCAUUGAAAGAAUCCCAACUCGCUGUCGGUUCAAGUAAGGAUGAGCUCGCGACCGCUCAAGCAGACCUUGCUAGUGCCAAAGAAGCCGCCACAAAAGCUGCAGACAGCGCACAGGAAGGUGCUGAAGGACUUGGCGCGAAAAUCGCCGAGCUCGAGACCGCUGUCAAAGCCUCAAAGGAGGCAUUGGAGGCUAAAGAGGUCGAAUUGGUCGAGGUAUCAAAGAGCCUUGAAACAACCAAGGGCGACGCCGAGACGCUGCAUGCAAAGAUUGCUGACCUGGAGCAAUCGUUGAAGGACUCCAACCAGGAAGUCUUGAAAGCUACCGAGGCUGCAAAGGGGGAUGCUGAAGGCCAUGCGGCUAAGAUCAUCUCCCUCGAAGCAUCCCUGAAGGAGACGGAGGCCACCUUAUCAGCCAAGAAUGCCGAACUAGCCACCGCCCUAGAAGGAUCUAACAAAUCCAGCGAUCUGGAAAAGUCACUCGCCGAUGCUGAAAAGUCUCUGGAGACGCUUAAGUCCGAGUUGGCUAGCAAAUCGGAUGCCUUGCAGGCCGCAGAGAGUGCAAAGGGUGAUGCCAGCGUCUUGGAGACCAAGAUCUCGGAGCUUGAAGAGAAACUCAAGGCCGCAGAAGAAACCGGACGCACUGCCACGGAUUCGGCUAAGAGUGAAGUAGAAGCCUUGAACAAGAAGAUUGCCGACCUCGAAGCUGCACAAACCACUUCUGCCGAUCAGUUAGAAAAGGUCGCUGCCGAACACGACGCUACCAAGGCAUUGCUCAAGACCGCUGAGGAGGCAAAGGCCGCUGCCGAAGAGGCUCUCGGCGAGCUGAAGGAGAAGUCGUCCGAGCAUGAAGCUGCUCUCAAGGCAGCACAGGAAGCGCAUGAAAAUACAAAGAGUACAUUGGCAGCUUCUGAAAAGUCGUUGGAGGAGAAGACGCAGGCCCACGAUGCUGCUCUGAGCUCAUUCCAGAGCGAGAUGCAAUCCAAGCUUGAUGCUUCCGAGGAAGCGAGGAAGGAGGCGGAAGCUACACUUGAGAAGACUAAAUCCGAACUUGAGGCACAGGUCAAGACAGCCACCGAUGAUGCCUCUGCAAAAUCUGCAGAGGUUGUGGAGCUCCAGUCUCAAUUGACGGCUUCUCAGGCUGAGUCGAAGGAGGCAUCUUCCCAGUUGGGUGAGCUCAAGGUUGCACAGGAGGCCAAGGCGGAGCUCGAGGCGAAGCUUGAAGCAGCCGUGGCCGAGUCCGCAAAGCACUCCACCAAGGUAGCCGAGCUGGAAAACAAGAUCACCGAGCUUUCCGCCGCCGAUAGUGCCAAAGCAGAACUGGAGGAGAAGGUGAAGCAGCUCUCAGGAGAUGCCGAAUCUAGUGCGGCCAAGGCGUCCGAGCUGGAGAAGAAGCUCGCAGAGCAGGAGGAACAGGUCAAGGCUGCCAAUGAUGCAUCCAGCGCCAGCUCCGAGAAAAUUUCGCAGCUGGAGCUGAAGCUAGAGAAUUUGGCCGCGGUCGAAACUUCGAAGACUGAAUUGGAGGAGAAGCUCAAAGAGACGAGCAACAAUGCCGAGUUAAGCGCAGCUAAGGUCUCUGAGCUCGAGUCCAAGAUCGAAUCUCUUUCUGCUCUCGAGACGACUAAAGCUGAGCUUGAGGGAAAGCUCAAGGCUGCGGAAGAGGAGACAAAGUCUGCUGCAUCCAAGGUCAGCGAACUUGAAGCCAAAGUCUCAGAGGAGCAAGAGAAGUCCAAGGGUCAAAUCGAUGAGCUUAGUGCAAAGGUAGAGAGCCUCAAAAAGGAACUCGAUGAGAAGGCAAAUGCUGUCGAAUCGAAGGAGGCACCGGCAACAGCUGAGGAGCCAAAGGUAGAGGAGCCAAAGGUGGAAGAGCCAAAGGUGGAAGAGCCCAAGGUGGAAGAGCCCAAGGUGGAAGAGCCCAAGGCAGAAGAGCCCAAGGUGGAAGAGCCCAAGGCAGAAGAGACAAAAGCGGAGGAGUCUCCUGCGGAAGAGGCCAAGGAGGAGGACUCGAAAGAUGAGGAGGGCGCUGCCGCUCCCGAGUCAAAUGGAACCGCAGAGAAGCCGGCAGGGAAGAACAAGAAGAAGAAGAAGAAGGGCAAGAACUAAGAGAUUGGAGAGGGUAAAGCUGUGGGAUGGAGGAAUGUGCGUAUAGAAUGUUGCGAUGUUUUGUUUACUUUCUGGCAUAGGCAUGAUACCCUCCAUAUUUGCGCUCUCUAAGCGAGUAGGUUGCAGGUGUGGAUAUCGGCGGGAGAGUGCAUAUGGUUUGUUUGGUUUUUUGCUUGGUCUUACUUUUCCUUUCUUUUUCCUUUGAGUGCGAAUCUGGCUCGAAACAGACAAGUUUGUCCAUCUCAGUCAGAGACUGCAUGAUGGUUCGCAUGACACGAUGAUGAUGAUGUAAACCCUCGACGGUUUGCUAGCGGGCAGCUUUAUGCCUUUUACGGCUUUUAUGGCAUGGCAACGACAUGACAGAAUGCACUGGAAUGAGGAAAUGUAUCUUUGAUUGCGUCUGGAAAAUAAUAAAAGGAACGAGUCAGCAAUAGAAUAUUAUAACAAUAGUUUUUGUAAUCCUGACACUGGCAGACAGAUACAGGUCGG